AUGUAAUUUAAUCAAGAAGGAGUUAAUUAGAGAGGCGAUUAGUUUAGCUAAGGCUAACAACAACAAUGCCAACAGGAGGAGUUCAAUCCUCAAUCAUUCUAGAAGUAAAGAACUAUAGGAUAGGUAUCGAAUUCUUUCUAAAGAAGAUUAACAGAAAGAGAAAAAAAUAAUGUCAAAGGUCAUGUUUUCUUAGAGCCUAAAUGGAAUAACUCUUUUCACUUAGAAACACCAAUUUUAGGUGUAAUUACACUGAUUAUAUUGGCCAUUUACUUUUGCUUCUUAUUCUCUGGCAGAAUAGAAGCUGAUAAAGAUAAGUUAAUUUAUGGAUCUAUUGCACUGAUCCUUUAUAUCAUAGAGUGUUGUACAAAUGGAGUAGUAGGUUAUUUGAGAAAUUAAAUGAGUGUGAGAGAACUCCAAAAUUAUUUAAACGAAAUAAAAUAGAUGAAUUUUGAACUCAAGUUUAAUGUUUCUUCUUAUCACUAUUAGUAUCGUUCACAUUAUGAUAGUGAAAAAAAGAGAAACGUAAGAUCUUAGGAAACAGUUUAUACCUACAAUGAGACAUUUGAAUAUCCAGUAGGAUAGACUGUAGAUGAGACAGAAGACUCUACAGUCUUUUUCGAAAAAGCCAAAUAUUUUAGAAUACACAGUUUCGUUACUUACUCUUUUGGAGAUUAGCAAAGUGCAAGAUACUAUGAUGAUAUGAUCAAACUUGCAAGAAACAAAGCUAAAUCCAGAGAUACUUUUCAAUCAGAAAGUGAAGAUUAGAAUUGUCAAGGCUUGAAAACAACUUUACUUGCUUACCAAGACGGGGUCAAACUUGAUCCCAUGCUUUCUGUACCUGUAUACAUAAUCUACUGUCUUGUAGGAUUAAGUUUAUUAUACAGAAUUUUAUUAAAUUAGAGAGUUUCCUUUCUUGAGCACUGCGUACAUAAAAAGGUAUAUAUGGAUUUAAAUAAGGUCAACCCAGAAGUCUAUUAAUUUGAAAUGGUAAGGUAAAAUGUAUAAUAUCAACAAAUUAUUAUGAAUAAUUAGGCAUAAAUUAUUAACUAGCAACAGUAAAUACUUUAGUAACAAUAAUAAGGUAUUUUAAACUAAAAUAUGCAACAGCCUUUGCAACCUAAUUAUAAUUAUCCUCAACAACCAAUAAACGACGUUCCUAAUCCAAUGAAUUGA